AUGUUUUCCGCCCAGAACGACGGCCCUGCCAUGGCCACCCGCAGCCGCCGCCGACAGCGACCUCUCUCCUCCGACAACUCGAUACAGCAGCCCAAAGCUAAGCGACAGCGGGUGCCGCUGACGGAGCAGACAUUUGUCAAUCCAGAUGCUGCCCCAGAGAUGUACGAGGUCAAGGCCACCAAGGUCGCAAAGCUCAGCACCAAGCCCGAUGGCAUCGAGAAUAUCCCUGCUACCACUACCACCACCACCACCACCACCGCAAAGAGGGAGCUCAGCGUUCGAUCAAAAAAGCCCAAGGCCGGCGAGAGGAUAAGCAAAGGCGAUGGAAGCGUUGUUUUGACCACAAACACCGCCUACACCGUGAGCAAGCUGCCAGCUCUGCCCGAUAGGAUCCGCGCAGACUUCACCAGCCGGCAACACGGUAUCGUCUACUCGUCCACCGGUUACGCGCUUUGUCUCACACACACGCACGCCGUUGUCUGGCCCUACACUGCCAACACCACCUCUCCCGAAACCUUUACCUUCACGCUUCCUUACCCAUCCCGACAUGUAUCCGACCCUCUCCCCCUCGGUGCUCUUGUCGCGCCCUCGACCUCGUCUGAAGAGCCGGGACUCGUCGUCGUCAUGCCCGUCACCGGAAAGAUCACAUACUGGGAGUCCAUCUCCAGUGCGGCUACUCUCGACUUUAUGCGACAGCAACGCAACGGUGUCGAGGAGACAGUCCCAGGUAUCUUUUCCGGCGAACACGUUACACAAAUCGUCAAUGCGGACUCGGCCGGGUUUGUCCUCGCCUUCAGCAGUGGCCGGCUUGCCCACCUCAGUGUUCGAGAUGGCCAUGGUAGGCCGGGCAUUUCUGUACAGUUCCUUCGCAACGGCUUGGGUGCCGUAUCGGGCGGAUUCCUAGGCAGCAUUCGCCAUGUGCUCAAGCACUCAGCGGUUCGUGGCGAUCUUGCUGCUGUGCGGGCAGGACCAGUCGCCAGGCUCGGCGAACGGACCAUUGUCGCGGCUACUUCAAAGGGCAAGAUCCAUGCCUGGAGAGUUCACCGAGGUGGUCACCACGAAGCUUUGAUCGAGAGCGAUGCCCGCGAGACGAUUAUCGAGAAUGUGCAGCGAGCUAUCCCGGGGCUGAACGGAUCAGCCUCCGACUCCUUCGAGGUGGUGGACUUUACCUUUGUGCCCAAAGGGAUCGAGCGCAAAUACCUUGACGCUACCCGCCUCAGCAAUUACGUGGAGCUCGAAGACGAAUCCGCGUUACAACUACUUCUCCUCGUGUCCUUUACCUCGAAGCGGCAGACACCCUAUGCUCUUGUCGAGCUUAUCCUAUCGCGCGACCAAGUCUCCGUUGGCAUGAUCCGGCCCAUCACUUCCUACUUUGGCGUUGUAGACAAAGAAGCAUUCCACCGGCCCCGACUCUAUCUCCCGAAACCUGCCCUUGUGGCCUACCUCGUCUUCAGUCGCGCUGUGGUCAUUGCUUCCCUUGCCACGCCGCCCGAUACGCCUGACUCGCAGCUGCAAGAAGACGUCCAUGUGUUCCCCGCUACAUUCGAAGAUGUGAUCGAUCUUCGCAACGACGAUAAUCUCGAAAUCGUGGGCUCUGGCAUCGAAGAAGUACAAGGCGCCGAGAAAGAUGUCGAAGGACCGCGACCCCACCGACACAAGACCAAGAACCCAACCACGGUUCUCAUGGUCCGUGGUGUCGGCAUUGUACGUGUUGCAACAACGGACAUCGAUCGAUUUGCAAGCGAGAAGCCGCCUCAAGUCACAGCCAAGAGCAAACUCGAACAAGCUGUCUUUUUUGGCAUCAAGAGCGAUAAUCCCCUGGUCUUUGAAGGCCAGAGAGAGACCCAAUUUUCGAGUAAAGAGAUCGGCGAGGCGGCCCUCCAGCUGAGCCACGAAAUUCUCAGCUCACAGACGCCCUACGUUGCCAGCCUGCCAGCUUCGCUCGAACAGAACCUUCGUACCCGAACUAACCUCCUCGAGAGGCUCAUGUCCCAUCUGAACGCUCUAAAGAUCGACCUCGGCCGACAGACCAGAUGGUCGCUCCUCUGGAACGCAGAGAAGAUGACCAGCGCGACUCGCAUAUGGCUACAGCACGAACAGUUUCUGGCCGACCGUGCAGAUGUCAAGGGCGAUGAGCGGAAGAGCAUGGUUUCAGAAAUCGUCGAGUACAUCCACGAAGACGAGAAGAAGAACCCGAACAAGGCCAAGGGCGAGGUGGAUCGCGUGCGCCACUUUUUCAUCAACGACGUCUGGCGACUGGAGAUCUUUGUCGCCUGGGCAUACGAAGUCAUCAAAUAUGUUUACAAGGAUCACUUGCUUGAUGAUCGAGGAAUCACUAGGUUGUUGUUCGAAGCUGUUCAGAUCAACUACCAUGCUCUCCAUGGUGCACUCGAGUACCGCAAGACGAAGCUUCACUUCUACGGUUUAGGAGACGAGAAGAUGGAAAAUGGCAUUCUGGCAGCCGACUACGCCGGCCUGACCGAGCCGUGGACGUCGACAUCGUUUAUUAUCAACAACGAAAAGCGACUCCUGGAGCUGUGUUGCACCUGGCUUGAGCAGUACUACCCGCCCCAAACUGGAAGCGGCUCGCCCGACCCAGGCUUGAUCGAAUCCAUCCGGGAAGACAUGCCUAAGCUCGUGGACCAGUACCUCAUUUCUCUACAGGAACAGAGUCGAUGGGGCACGCUCCAAGAAGACCCGAAGCAGUUACAAUUCGGCCAACGCUGCCAGCAGAUCUAUGAGGAAGAAAGCUAUGCUAAGCCUUACGGGCUUAAGGACUUUGGACUGUGGGAUGAAUCGAUUGCUAUUGCUGAGAAGCAUAGGCGUAUUCGAGCAUUGGCCGAUUUGAUGGUGGAGGAGGUGCGAGCGCUGCGGGUGAAGGCGACGAACAGAGAAUUGCCGUCUAGCAGAGCUUCAGACUUGCGGCUGACGGCUACUGCCAAGGAGAAACGCAUCGCCGAGUAUUUCGACAAGUACAAGGAGGACUUUGCGUUCGCAGUGUACGACGUCCUGCUCCGUGACGAAGGCGUCAAAGCCGUUCUCGACUUCCCCGGCGACCAGUAUGGCUACGCGACCAAGUUCCUGAGGACGAAGCCAGAAUUGGCCAAGAUCUCGUGGAUCAACGAUGUCGAACGCGAGAACGACAUCCAGCAUGCUGCUGAGACCUUGCUCGAUCUCGGUUUGACGCGCGAGCAGCAGGCUUGGAACAAGAAGAUCGAGCUGAGUUUGGGCAAGCUGGCACUCAUGGCCGAGUCCAUGUCAUCCUCUGACCCUGUCGCCAACGACGCAAAUGGAACCAACAUUCCCAACGACGAGAUGGAUAGGAUCGACCAGCAGCUGACGGUGAUCAAGAUCCAAGACAUCGUCUACAACUGGGUGUUCCCCACCAUCAGCCUUGCCGUUGACGAGUCGGCUGAGCUUGACCUAGCUAUGGAGAGUCAUGGCGGCCGGAUUCCCAAGAAGCAGAAGGCUUUGCACCAGGUGUUUGAGGACGGCAUGGGCCGCUUGUUGAAGCACGAGGCUUUGGACCCCUUGACGCUGAUUGAUCUCUUGACUCUCAUCACCACUAAGGAGGAUGAUGAUGAGCGGUUGGUCACGCACGAUCCGUACUUCCUUGCGCUGCGGGUCGCCGAGUACAGUCUUUCUGGCGAGGAGCGUAGGCAGGCUCAGCGCCUCAUCUGGAGGCGCUGCUUCAUUCGUGACGACUGGGCACACAUCAACAAUACGGAGCUCCAGAGCGACGAGUCUACCACGGCCGCUGUGGGCGGCACAGCACCCUAUGCGACCGUGUUUGCGCUUUACGCAAAUCGUAAGUUCCCCGCGCCGUCUGACCCCAUCAAGGAAUCUUCUUGGCUGACAUUUCCCCCCGUGACGGUAGGUGCUGAGAGCGAAAAGAACUUUUAUCCCUUGCUGAAGCCGUCCGAGGCGCUCGGCGUGUACACGGCCGAGCUGGACCAGCGCUUCGACGAGAUGGACAAUGCGUUCCAGAACAAGCUCCGGGACGGGAUGAAGGCCGAGGACACGCUCCUCAAGCGGUUCAUCGACAAGAGCAGGCUGGACGAGUGGUGGCGGACUGUCGUCGAGGCCGCGGAGAAGACGUGCCAGGCCGAGCUGGACGCUCUCACCGAGGAUGGCGCGGCGCAGGUUGCCAAUGGCGUCAACGGCGAGGCGAACGGCUCGAAUGGCGUGGACAUCUAG